GGCCUGCGCCGUGCUGCGCAAAUUAAAAGCGAUCGGACACUGACAAAGCAUAUUAAAUGGCUGCUGUAAAUGUAAACCGGCUAAAUUGUUUACAGAUACGAUCAAUAUAAGAAAUGAACGUUAAGGGGGCGGGGUCUUUUGAGAAAACUAUCAGUCAUCGCGUGCAGUGUGUAACAGGUUUUAAAUACGGAUGACGCGGACCUUGAGUUUGACACUCCUGUAUUAAACGCGUGUGUGUGUUUAAUAUUCAUUCUUUGUCCAUUUAUUGCGUCACGGUGUGUGUGUGUGUUUUGGGUGGGAGGCGCCCACGGUUCCAGAUGGACUUUAACCGAUAAAGCAUUCACGGCGAGCACAGGACGUUUCUUUGAUGGGGUCGCAGUCGCAGUGUUUACAUGGAAGCGUGUCUCAGGCUGUUACGAGUAAAAACUGUUCUGCAAUCUGUUCUCUGUCCACAGCAGUCUUCCUUUUCAAACCUGUUACGGUGAGGUCGCUGCAGUAAUAUGCGCGUGCCUGGUGACUCGCUUUAAUUCUCCGCCCCUUUCUUAGAAGGAAAAAGUAGCCUUCGCUUUCUUUUUUAUUUUGUUCGCUUUCCCCAAACGUUGUUGAUUUGACAGACGAUGGCAGAGGCAAAACUGCGAGAACUUCGGGAUCAGAUUACUUGUUCAGUGUGUCUGGAGACCUUCAAGGAGCCCGUGUCGCUCCAUUGUGGACACAGUUUCUGCAUGGAGUGCAUUACAGACUGCUGGGACCACUCCGGAGUGUGCUACUGCCCUCACUGCAGGAAGACCUUUGCACCAAGGCCGGAUCUGUGUAAAAAUACCGUGCUGGCCGAAGUGGUGAACAAAUUAAAGGCGACGGAAGUGAGACCCUCUCCAUCGAAGAAUUACCCAGGAUCGAAAAGGGGGGUUCGCUGUGACGCCUGCGCUGAAACGAAGAUCAGAGCUGUGAAGUCCUGUCUGACAUGCCUGGCCUCCUUCUGCGACACUCACAUCCAGCUUCACUACCAGAUCCCUGCCUGGAAGGAACACAAGCUGAUCGACCCAAAUGAAGAUCUCCAAAAGAGACAAUGCACAAAGCACCACAACGGGUUGGAGCUUUACUGCAGAACGGACCAGGCGGCCAUCUGCAUGCAGUGUGUUGUGAUGGAGCACAGCAAUCACGAAGUAGUGGAAAUGGAGUCAGAAAUCAACCAAAAACGGAAAAAGCUGGAAUGGAUGUUGGAAGAAUUCCAGAUGAAAGUCCAGCAAAGACUAAAUAAAAUGGAAGAGAUCAGACGGGCCGUGAGCCUCAUUAAGGUAUCUGCAGAGAGGGCGAUGCAGGAAAUUGAGAAGGUCUUCACAGAUCUGAUCGGCUGCAUUGAGGAAACUUGCAAGAAAUUGAUCAGUCAGAUUAGAGAGCAAAAGGAGAGAGAUGUACAAAAGGCAAAUGAAGUCACAGAACAACUGGAGAAGGAGAUGGCAGAGUUGAUGAAAAGAAACGCCAUGCUGACCGAGCUCUCAAUGACAGAGGACGACAGUCAUUUCCUCCAGACUUUCUCCUCCCUCUCAUCUGUUCCUGAAGAUGAAGAUUUGCUGAACAUCGUGAUCCCCACAACCUUCUCUUCUGCGAGCCUGAAGAAGGAGCUGUCCAGUCUAAAAGAGCGCCUGAAGAAAAUAAGCCAACAGAAGAUUGAGGAAUUCACUCCUGCAGGUCACAGUGCUCCAGAUUACAUCCUUCAGUCCCCAGCACCUCAGAGCAGAGAGGAGUUUUUACAAUACUACUAUCAGCUCACGAUGGAUCUGAACACGGCACACAGAGAAAUCCAGCUCUCCGACGGCAACAAGAAGGCGUCACGCGUGAAGGAGAGACGCCGCUAUCCUUCUCAUCAAGAACGAUUUGACCACUGGAGGCAAGUUCUGUGCCGAGAGGUUCUGAUGAAGGCUCGCUGUUACUGGGAAGUAGAGUGGACCAUGUCAGCUGCCGUUGGAGUUGCGUACAAGGAAAUGUGCAGGAAAGGAAGCGGCCCUGAGGCACUUUUUGGGCACAAUGAGAAAUCCUGGUGUUUAUUCUUCUCUGAUUCCUGCUAUUAUGCGUGGCACGAUAACAAGGAUACUAAAAUCGCUGCUCCUUUUUGCUCCAAAAUUGGAGUAUAUGUGGACUUUCCGGAUGGCUUUCUAGCAUUUUAUAGUAUCUCGGACACAAUGACGCUCCUGUACAAGUUCGACAUUUCCUUCACCAAGCCACUUUAUCCUGGGUUUUGGAUUAGAUUUGACUCCAGUGUGACAAUCUGCUACCUGAAGUCAGAGGUAACUGCACUGAUUAGAGAACAUGAGAGGAAGGAGGUGAGAAGGACUGAGGAGCACAUAGAGCGAAUGGAGAAGGAGAUAGAGGAGCUGAUGAGAAAGGAUGCUGAGCUGACUAAGCUUUUGCAGACAGACGACCAUAUUCACUUCCUCCAGAAGUUCUCAUCUCUCACUUGGCCUCCAGGAGAUGGAGUCCCACCUCACAUCACUGUCAAUAAAGAGUUGCUUCCUGAAUCUCUGAGGAAGGAUCUGUCUGAUCUGAAGAAAAGUCUACAGGAGAUCAGCAGCAGGCAGUUAGUGAAAGUUAAUGGGAAGUCUCCUCUGCACUCCAUGUUUCGGCAGAACGACUUGAUAUCAGUGAGAGAGACGACAAUGGAAGCCCAGGAUCCCGAGUCACUCGAUCAGUUUUGCUGCUCCGUGUGUCUGGAGGUCCUGAGGAACCCGGUAACCCUCCCCUGUGGACACAAUUACUGCACGGAGUGCAUUCAAGAGUACUGGGAUCAGUGUGGAGUGCACAGCUGCCCUCAGUGCAGGCAGUGCUUUCCCUUGAGGCCUGCCCUCUGUAAAAAUACACUGCUAGCUGAGGUUUUGGAAAAAUUACAGCGUGAGAAGGUUAGCAAUUCUCCAUCAGACUCUGACGCAGGACCAGGAGAUGUGGUGUGUGACGUGUGUCCAAGGAGAAAGAAGAAGAAGGCAGUCGCAUCCUGCUUCACCUGCCUGGUCUCCUACUGUGAGGCUCACAUCCUGCCUCACCGGGAAUUGGAGGCGUUUAGAGCACACAAGCUGGAAGCGCCGGCCGGAAACCUGCAGGAGAGAUUCUGUCUGGAGCACAAGACGGAGGUACAGCUUUACUGUAGGACGGAUCACACGUGCGUCUGCUUGCUGUGUGUCGCAGUAAAACACAGGAACCACGAGCUGGUGGAGCCGGAGAUGGAGAGAGCAGAGAAGCAGAAUCAGAUGGCUGUGACGCAGAAAAGGAUCAAAAAGCAAAUCCAAGAUAAAAUUCAUAAAGUGAGGAAAAUGAAAGAGGCUGUACUGCAACUCAAGAGUUCAGCAGAGAUAGAAGUGCAGGAGUGUGAGAAGAUCUUCACAUCUCUAAUUCAUAGCAUUGAGAGGCUGAGGUCAGAGGCGACUGCGCUUAUUAGAGACCAUGAGAGGAGAAAGGUAAGAAUGAACGAAGAGCUCAUAGACCAACUGGAGAGGGAGAUUGAGGGGCUGAAGAGGAGAGACUCUGAGCUGGAACAACUGUCAAAAAUAGACGAUCACAUCCAUUUCCUCCAGAAGUUUUCAUCAUUUCAUGAACAACCUGAAGAUCGAAACCUGACAGAAACUGCCGUCCAUCAAGAUUUACUUCCUGACACAUUAAGCAAGAACCUUUCUGAUCUGAAGAAAUGUCUGCAGAAGAUAAUGAGCUGGGAGUUUGUGAAAACAGCAGAAUUGAAGGUGACAACUCCAAGCAGCAUCUUGCAAGAUGAACAACUGAUGAGUCGAAGUCACUUCUUACAAUACUCUUGUGAGGUUACAUUAGACCCCAGCACUGCACACAGAGAUCUCUAUCUAUCUGAAGAAAAGAGGAAGGUGACAUGGGGGUCCGAGACCCAAUACCCCGAUCAUGCUGACAGAUUUGACUGUUGGAAGCAAGUUCUGUGCAAGGAGAGCCUAACUGGAAGGCGCUGGUACUUGGAGGUGGAGUGGAGUGGCUACUCGGUUGUCAUUGGAGUUUCGUAUAAAGCGAUCAGUAGGAAGGGACUCAGCCUGGAGUGUGUGUUGGGAGCUAAUGACAAGUCCUGGAGUUUGUGCUGCAAUGACUCCUCUUAUUCAGUUUUACACAAUAACGAGGAGACUGAAAUCAUUGCGCCCUACUGCUCCAGAAUUGGUGUGUACCUGGACUAUCCCGCUGGCUCUCUGUCAUUUUAUAGCGUCUCAGACACAAUGACACUCCUGCACCGGUUUACGGCUUCCUUUGUUGAGCCCCUCUAUCCUGGCUUUCUGGUUGAAACUGACUCCAGCUUAACAAUCUGCCGACUACACCAGUCUGCCCAGUGACUGCGGCUGUUCUUUCUUGCAGGCUGCUUUCAGAUCUUUGGGUCAGUGACAUUUUUGACA